GUGACAAUUAACGUAGGUAAAUCGCAAGAUUAAACUUGCUUGCCAAUAUUUAAAUAUUUUCUCAUACAUAACGUUUAUGGACUUAAUUUUGUGAAAUGCUUUACAAAGUGUACGAUAUUUUUGUGUUUAUAAAUGUUACUUCUUAAAAUGGGAUAAACUGUAAACAUGUUUCCAGUGAUUUCUUGUGGAAUUUGUGGUUAUGGAAUAAAUUGCUGACGACAUGGAAGUAUUAGAUCAAUAGUGGGAAUAUGGCUGCAAAUUCUUCGGACACAAGGAAUUCUACAUUGGUUCCAUCUACCGCUGCGAAAACAACAUUUUUGGUGAUAUUCCUCCUUGUCGGUUUAUUUGGAAACCUCCUUCUAACAAUAACAAUAGGAAGUAGUCGGAAACAUAGAUCGAUUGUAAUAAAUAUAAUAACAAUUAAUUUGGCAAUCACAAAUUUGUUGAACUGUUUUUUGAACUUUUCAUUUGCAAUAGGAUAUACUGUAUCCCCAUCUUUAGAUUUGGAUACGAAUUUAUGUCAGGUAAAUUCCUUUUUCAUGAACAUAGUAACAAUAGAAACGCCUUUGACUCUGACAUUGUUCAGUCUUGACAGAUUUAUUUAUUCUAUAAUGCCAGAGAAAUAUGUAAGUCUACAAAAUAUUCCAAGAACAAUUUUUAUGAUAAUGUAUACUUGGAUACAAUCAGUGGCAUUUAGCUUUCCAUUCAUUGCCGGACUGAUUUCUGUCGAAAUAUAUAUUUAUCUGAGUGUCUGUCUUCAAGCUGAAGACAUUAACAGCCAGUUCCUUGCAUUCAAUGUGUUGCUGUGUUACAUUUUACCACUCUGUGCAAUGAUUUUUUUCUUUGUUUUCAUUCUGAAGGCUGCGUGUUCUCAGCGGGACCAUAUACAUACUAUCAUGACUCAACAUCAAUACUCCAAAGACACAGACAGUGACCGAAAUCUGUAUUUAACUGAAGUUAGUGCUACAAAAACGGUUGGUGUACUUUGUUUGGCCUGGUUAAUUUGUGAAAUGCCAUUUUUAAGUGCGUUCAUUGCGCGUCUGACUUUUAAAAAUAUUUAUUACAGUCCGUAUGCUAACGUUACUUUAUUAUGGUUGAAGUUUUCAUAUGUAAUGGCGCUGCCAUUAACAGUGUUUAUGUUUAACAAAGAUAUUUGGCAAACAUUUAAAGAUAUGAUAUUCUGCAAAAAACGAAAUUCGGUGGAUGACGCCACAAAUAAAGAAUAUUCGCCAGACAGUUCGAAAGACAGUUUAUCUGACAAAUUGAAGUUGAAAGUUAAACUAUCUGACGAAAUAAAAGUUUUCAAAGAGGAACAAGUUAAAGAAAAUGGCGUUCGAAAUACCGGAUUUCAAGUUCCUGUAUUUUUUGCUACGUCACAUGGUGUUCAUAUGCACACGAUGGAUGACGAUGAAAGUUUGUCAGACAGUGAUGAUGUAUAUGAUAAUCCUAAAGUAAUGAAAUGUGACGUACUUGGAUCUCAGGAAUUCCUUAAUCAGUGUGAUACUAGUGAUUACGAUUCAAGUAACGAAUUAGACCCAUUCUCAGUGUCACACCCGAUAACAAGCAAGAGUGUAAAAGAUGCAGACGAUACAUUGCAAAGACGAUCAAGUUCACAUCCGGAAGUGAGAAUGAAAUCAACAGAUCACGCGCAAACGACAGUUACAAUAUCGUCUGCGGCUGACUCAGGUUUAGAUAUUAGUACAAAUAAAACAGGAAUAGCUUUCUUAACAACAGAUACCUCCAAAAACAUGUUGGAUACUCAUAACGAGAUAAGCGAACUCAGUCAAAAUAGUAGUGCUAGUAAAAAUGGACUUGCUAUUCCUGGUGAAAUUAAAGAGUCUUUCUCUAAAAUUGUGCUUCAGAGUAGACCAAUUCAAAACGAAAAUGAAACUAUGUUAUGCUCAAACAGUUAUACGUCUGAUUUAGAGAGCACUAUAACGUCGAUUUCAGAUUCGCAUUCGUCGAAAAAGAAGAAGAAGAAGAAAGAUAAAUUUUCCAAAUCAAAUACGUCUGAAGUCAGCCAUACCUCAAGUUGCAUGCUCAGUAUUAAACCGCCAACGAGACUACAACCUCUACCAAACUCUCCAAAUCAUCCAAAACUUGAGGGAGGAACUUUAAGCAAUAAACUAUCAUUAGAUAUAUUAUCUGCUCAGCAAUUAUGUGACACGUCCGUCGUCACACCUAGUGCCUGUCAUCUUGUUUCUGAUGAUCUUGUUAACUAUGUACAGUCCUCUUAAACAAAAUGAACUGUGGAAGUGUUUUAGAAGAUAGAAGUAUAUGUUAUUGGAGUAAGCGCGAGACUAUUUUCUUUCUUUCAUUUAUAUUUUAUGGGCAUUAAUGUAUUCUUAAAAUUGUACAAACAUGUUGUGUGGUUAAGUUCCAGUUGUAAUAAUAAGUUUUCAUUUAUUUCAAGUUUGCUUGAGAAGUUUGUUCGUAAUUUAUUGUUUGGUUGUAAAUUUAUUUUGGUGUUAGAUCAAUAUCAUUUAUAUUUUUCAACACUUCAUUUUCUCGUCCCAGUGCCUAUUAAAAAUUGAUGUUGAAAUUAGGCGCUUGAAAUCCUGGGGUGGUGUUCUCGAAGUUAUCUUAGGAAUAGGACGUGUCCUAAGUCUAUCUUAUGACAGUUCGUUGUCCUAAGUCGUGUUCUCGAAGCUCUCUUAACUUAUGAUAUAUCUCAUUUUUCGUCCCAACUUUAGGACACCCAAUAAGGUGUCUUAAGUGCAUCCUAUCUUCAUCCUAGUGUAAUAAAAUUUGGAUUUUGCAUUUGCUCAUUAUUUUACGUGAAAAUGAACAUGAAAUGAAAUAAAACGCACCAUCGGUUAUUAACUUGUAUAGAAAGAAAUUGUGCAUGAUUUUAAACUUUGAACUUCGUGUUUCACGAUACGAUUACACUACAAAUUAAAUACUCAUUUCAAAACAAAAUGUUUUCCAGUUUAAAUAACAAUCAUUUUUUAUAUAAUUACAUUGGUUAUUAUGCAUUUAAUUCUGUAAAUGUUAUUAUAAAAUCCGUAAACAAUUUUAUUAAAUAAUUUCGUCAUUUAUAAAUGUUUUAUCAAAAAAUAUCUUGAACAAUUUAAAAUUUUUACUUAGGAUAUGUUUAGGACGUCCUAACAUAAGAUUCGUCUAAGAUAGCUUCGAGACACAACUUAAGAGUGUCCUAAGUAGAUAUUAAGUCCAUCCUAAAAUUUGUCUAAGAUGUGUCUUAGGACGACUCUUAGGAUACUUUCGAGAACACCACCCCUGAAUUGUCAAAAUGUUAAAUUCACUAUGAGUCAACCAUUUAAUUUUAACUUUUAUAGUCCACUUGGUUUAUAAAGAACGUGUAUAUAUGAGAGUGAAGGGGAGUAAAUGUUGAACUAUUUUGAUCAGUUGUGAAUUAAUUUUUUUACAGAAAUGAAGAACUAUGCUAAAUAUUUUGUAAGAAAAGAUGUAAAACUAUAUAUUAUGCCAAACUGAUGUAAUUUUUCAAUAUAUUUUUUCAAGUAAUCAUUGUAAUAUGAAUAGAACCUCCAACUUUUACUCUUCAACAAAUUUUCUCCACGGAUUUCAAAUUUUAAAAGAUUUUUUUUAUUGAAAUGCUUUCGAUGCAACAAUUUCUUCUGUGAAAAACAUAACAAUUUUUCACACAUUAACAUCUUUAAUCACAUGCUUGCACGUUCGUUGCUUUUCUCACAAGACCUUCGUCUUAAUUAAAUUUCAAUCUGGAAAAAACAAUUCUCAACAGUUUUGAGUUCUUCCUCUGAGUUUGGUAGCCCUUAUUUCCUCUGCUUGCUAUAUGUAUAAGGACACUUUAUACCAUUGCAGCCCGUUUCUUUUCAAAUCGUCUUUUAUGGUUAAGUUUGUUUAACCUCGAUUGACAUUAUGAAUUAACUAUAUACUCCUGCAAUACAAGUGCAUCAAAUGAACAGUUAUAUCAAUUUGACAUAACAAAUUAGUUUUCUAAAUGCUCCUAAUGAGAAAUAAAUUUAGCGGAACUUGUCUCUUCCUCUUUCGAUACACCUUUAUCAUGUACCGGAGUAUUAUAUAACAUUUAUUCUUUUUUAAACUGGCUUCUUUUCAUUACCAAACUUUAUAAAUUAACCGUUGUAACAGGAUUUUCAUGCCUAAUAAAAUUCAUGUUUAUAGGCAUUCUAUUUGACUUUAAUUUGGUUAAUGUUCAAAAUUAUUUCCAGCAGUUACUUGAAAUAUUAAAAUUUCGUAAUGUUAUGGGAUGGUCUUGAAUCGUUUUUUUUUAAUUAUUAUUUUGAAUAAAAAGCAUUAAUUUGUUUACUUUUUAUAAUGAUAUAAUGUGUAUUCGUUCUGUUUACAUUAAGGUUGUUUUUCUUUUCACUAUUAUCCAUAAGUAUAUUGAUUUUCUCAUCAAAAGGGCUAAUAAUAUACAUGAAAUGUUUGAUCAUACACUAAAUGUGGACUGAAAAACUUUUAACACAUACAACGUUAAACAAAAUCGCUUUACAAUCGCUUAGAACACAUUUUUUUUUUAAGUCAAUUUUUAUUAAGUGGGUGAUAUUUAAAGUGAAGACAUGUGUUUCACGUAUAAGGAACGUGUAGAAUAACCAUAUGCUCAUGUUAGCGAGUAUGUGGAGUGUUUAUUGUGUAUUAGUAUUGUCAUUUUUUUUAUUAUUUUGUUGUUGCUGCCAAAAAUUAAAAUACUUCUAUAGAUAACAAAAAUUUAACUAUGCUACCUCAGCUCUAUUUUUGGCAAAAAAUAAUUACAUCUGAUUGUUGAACUUCUGGGAACCCUUAUUUGAAAUACUUCAAUUCUACGUAAAAUUAUGAAAUUCACACUAAGAGCAAAACAGUGUCCCCAACUCAGGUUUGCCAACACUUAAGAUGCGCAAAUAGCAAUAAAUUGUAACCAAUAAGCGAGUUCACAAACUUCAAGAUUUCAUAAGCAUUAGGUUCGGGUCAGUGUCUGUCGUUAUUUUCAACGGCAUGCUUUGGGACUGACUUAGAUUACUUCUGUCGUUUCGACGGCCUGUAUUUGAACUUGCGGUGUUUACAUGAAAUAAAAAGUUAAGAAAAUAGAAUAUUUGGGUUAAACCAAGUAUUAUAAUGGUGCAAUAAACUUGUUUAAAAUUACUUAAGUUUGCAAUAAUAUCAAUUUAAAAUAUGAAAACUUGUCAUUAAAAUUUAAAAAGACGCACAUGAAGCGUUACUGUAUGUGUGAAUGGUAUAGUAAAAUAUAAAACUUUAAUAUUCGAACUUGGAAUAUAUCCAGUAUAUAGCAUAGUCUAUUUUAAGAAAUUAUACAUUGUUUGUAUGAAUUAUUUCAAGCAAUUGAAAAAGAAAUAUUUGUGUUUGUUUACAUUUUUUUUUUGGGGGGGGGGGUAUAAAAAGGCAUUAAUUUUCUCAUUUCAAAUGUUUCACAUAUGUCACUUUGUGGCCUUUAUAGCUGACUAUGCGGUAUGUGUUUUGCUUAUUGUUGAAGGUCGUAGACUACAGUGACCUGUAUUCCAGUUGUUCACUACUAAAACUUCUAUAGUUGUCUCAUUGGCAGUAAUACCAUAUCUUAAGGCUUACUUUUUAUAAUUAUUUAUUAUUAACUCUUGUAAUAGUAUAUUCAUUCUGUUGAUGAUACACACAAUAUAACACAACCACAUUGUAAUAUUUCAAGUCUUCAAGUUACUUUGGUACAUCAGUUCAAAAUUGGAAAAUUAUCUGUAUUAAACAUAAACAUUUAGACCUAAGGACACAUCUUUUAGUUGUUCUAAAUUUUAACAUGAUUAUAUAAAAAUGCAGGUCAAAUUCGUAAAUCUAACAAUAGUUAUAUGAAUAGAUCUUCCUUACGUCAUAGGGUCAAAUAACUAAAUACUUCAAGUAGACUUUGUGACACUUUGUGCUUGUUUAAAUGUAUUGUGUUUUUGUUAUAAAUGAAUGUAAUACGAAUUGCACAUAAAUCUGAUAAAAGAUUGUAUCUUAUGCAUAUUAUACGUUAUAUGCAUAUUGCAUUAGAUAAAAUAGAACAGGUGACCUUAGUCAACUGUCAGAGAAAAUCUUGGUCUCGUUUAAAUUGAAACUUCCAUGAAGUUUUUAUAUUGAUCACAUGUAUAACUUGAUUUCAUUUGUUAGAUUCUUUACAGAAUUAAAUAUAUGUUCAACAGUUAAUGCGCUACAUCAAAAUGUAUUGUAUUGAAAGUUAUAGUAUGGCUGUAAAAGAAUAAAAUUAAGAAAUAUUUCUCAGUUGCAAUCAGAAUGCAUUAUUGUGUGCUCUCUGAAAACUACCAUAUCUUGGUUUGAGCGUGGUAUAGGUACUUCAGGAAAUAUAAGAUAUUUUGAAAUAUUUGUUAAUAAUUGUUAUAUAUAUUAAGUUAUUUAUUGUAUAUUUUUUAUUGUUGUUGAAGAAUUUUUGACAUUUUUGAUAUGUUGCACGUUUUGAUACAAAUAAUUCCGUCCAGUGAAAUGUUUACUUUUUGUAACUUUCAAAGUUGAAUAAAAAAUGAAAAUAUAAGA